CAAUAUGACAAAUAUCUUUUAGAAUACUUUUGAGGUUAUCUUUGUGCAACUAAAUACCAAAAUAAUUUUUGAAUAAUUAAAAAUGCCUUUUAUGAAAGGGAGGGCUCCUAUCCGGCGCACACUGAACUACCUAAACGCUGGCAAACUAGUGUUCAAGGAUAAAAUAAGAAUUUUCACAGUUGCCUACAACAUAAACGGACAGAACAACACGGGUACGAAGGAGUUCGUUUUCUGGUAUCUUCCGCAAAUACAGUAUAAGAACCCAGAUGUGCAAGUGGCUACGUUAAAGAACCUUACCCCAUCGCCAUUUAUUAAGUGCUAUUUUGAAGAUGGAAGGCAAAUUUUGGUUGACAUCGAUAAUAAAUCCAAAGAGGAUAUUUUAGAGCAUUUAAUGAAUACUGUUGGGAAGUCAAAGGAGGUUUUAGAAGCUGAGGCGAUUGCUGCAGAAAAGAAGGACAAUCCAGCAAACUUUGGCGUUGGUUGUGAGAGGCCAUGUAUUUGUGAAGUGUAUGGUCAAGUACCUUGCCCUGGUGUGAUACCGUUACCUAAAGUUUUGCGUGGUAAAUAUAAGAACCAAACUGAUUAAUUAUAAUAUACUUAGUAGCUGUAUAAAAUUAGGUAUGUAAAUAAUAAUGUUAAUAAAAUAAUGUUUUAAGAAGGAA